UGAAGCUUCUUUCGACAUAGGAGGAAGCUUACUAGCUAGGAAUAACCACUAAAAAAAUCCACUCAACUCUCAGCAAUAUAUACAGACAAUGGUCAUGCACAUUCUUCAGUUGAUAAUAAAGCAUGGCUCACUAUUAUCCCAGCUUCGAGUUUUCCGAUGUUUUCGAGUUCAAUGACUGGCUUAAUGAGGAAGAUCAAGUUUUUGGCUGUCCUCAGAAUCUGAACUAUGCAGCAGAUGAAAUUUCAAACUCGAGUGGAAUAAGCAGAAGCAGCAGCAGCCACCGUGAAGGACCAGGCAGUAGAGAUGGUGGGAAUGGUAGGGAGAAGAAACAAAACACAGAGAAAGUUGCUUUUAAAACUAAGUCAGAGGUUGAGGUACUAGAUGAUGGCUUCAAGUGGAGAAAGUAUGGAAAAAAGAUGGUAAAGAACAGCCCAAAUCCAAGGAACUACUAUAAGUGCUCAGUUGAAGGAUGUCCAGUAAAGAAGAGAGUUGAAAGAGACACUGAAGACCCAAGGUAUGUGUUAACAACUUACCAUGGCAUCCACAACCACCGAGACCUUCUCAGCUAUGAUUUCGAAACCAAUCUUAGAAAUUAAUUUUCUUAUAUUGUGUAACUCUAGUUGUACAAGAAAUAUUGCUGAUAGAGUCAGCAUCUAUGAUUUUAACAUAUUUGGUAUGCAGUAUUGGGUAGAAGUCGAUGAUAUAAUGAACUAGAAUUUGGCCUUUUCUUCUGAGUACUAAAGGACGUCUUGGUUUC